AUGGCCGAUCUCGAACAAUUAAUCUUCGAACGUGGACGAAUUAAGGCUAGCUUGACUCGUUUCAAAUCAUUCCUGGACACCUGUGACCUAGAAACCGAAAUAUGCAAUAUUCAGGCGCGUUUAGAAAUAGCAGAACCAUUGUACAGAAAAUUCGAAGACAUCCAAUCAAGGAUUGAAGAAGCUGCAGAAACCGAGGAACAAUUGCAAACCCAAGAUUGUGAACGGACUAAUUUCGAGACAACAUACUUCAAGCUGAUUGGUACUGCACGUGAAGCAAUUAAGAAGUCGUUGCAGAAGGAACGUCGCGAACGCGAAGAACACAGAACCAUUGCGUCUAAUUCAUCUACCACACCAAUUGGAGAACCAAAAAUGCCAAUUAAAUUGCCUACCAUUUCGCUACCAACUUUCGACGGCUCAUAUGAUAAGUGGUUACAAUUUCGUGACACUUUUGAAUCGCUUAUCCACAACUGCGAAUCGUUAUCGAACAUCGAAAGGUUCCAUUAUUUAAGUUCAGCACUCAAGGGCGAUGCUGCACGUGUUAUUCAGUCGUUAGGGGUUUCCGAAACAAAUUAUACCUUAGCGUGGCAAUGUCUUAAGGAUAGAUAUGAAGAUCCACGAGCGUUAAUUCACCAUCACACCAAGGGACUUUUUGAACUGCCAUCUAUUACAAGGGAAUCCCACAUAUCUCUCAGACAAUUGUUAGACGAUAUGAAUAACAAUUUGUUAGCAUUAAAGGCAUUAGGUGAACCUACUGACUCUUGGUCUACACUUGUCAUCUACAUUAUUACAAGCAAGUUGGACGCUUCAACAAAACGUGAAUGGGAACGGCAAAGGGUUAAGUUGGUUGAAACCGAAAUAUGCAACAUUCAGGCGCGUUUAGAAAUAGCAGAACCAUUGUACGGAAAAUUUAAAGACAUCCAAUCUAGGAUUGAAGAAACUGCAGAAACCGAGGAACAAUUGCAAACCCAAGACCGUGAACGGACUAAUUUCGAGACAACAUACUUCAAGCUGAUUGGUACUGCACGUGAAGCAAUUGAGAAGUCGGUGGAGAAGGAACGUCGCGAACGCGAAGAACACAGAACCAUUGCAGCUAAUUCAUCCACUACACUAAACCAGCUGNGGCAUAGGAACAAAUCAUGUAACUACGGGCACUGUAAGAAAUGCCACCGAAAACACCACUCGCUACUUCAUCAAGACAUCAGCAAUCAACCUCAAACAAGCAAUAGUAACAAUGAACCAACACCUGUGACUCCCUCAACAUCUGCAGCACCCUCGGUAACAAUGGUAGCCCAAUCAACGAAUUCAAAUACUUCGCAUGUACUAUUAUCAACAGCGAUCGUAUUAAUCCAGGACAAGCAAGGAAAACGGCAUGAAUGCAGAACUUUGCUUGACUCUGGAUCUCAAUCCAACUUCAUCACGACGGAUUUAUGGACUCGCCUGAAACUAUCAUGCACACAAGCGACAAUUGUAGUUUCUGGAAUUGAAAAUGCAACUCGAAAAGUUGACUACAAGACGGAAGUAAAGAUGCACUCCAAAACCAGUGGUUUUACAACGAUAACGACCUGUUUGAUAAUGCCACGGAUCACUAGCUACAUUCCGAACGUAGCAUUCAGUGUAGAUCAAUUCAAAUUACCCCCUGGAAUCACGCUAGCUGAUCCUGAGUUUUCCCUUUCGCGGCCAAUCGACUUGCUAAUUGGAGCUGGACUGUUUUGGGACCUUCUAUGUAUUGGACAAAUACGAACACAUCCAGGCCAACCUAUAUUACAGAAGACGCAACUUGGUUGGAUUCUAGGCGGUACAGUAACUUCAAAUAAGGGUACCGACAGCAGUCUUACGUCGUGUCAUUUAACAACCGAACAAUCAGCCACUACCGAUAAUCUUUCACAUCAAAUGGAACGUUUUUGGAAAUCAGAAGAAUGUGACACAACUACAAACAGCACGAGACUUAUCCCUCAAGAAUUAUGCAAUGUUAACUUUUGGUGGAACGGGCCGUCAUGGUUGUCAAGGGAUUCGGAAGAGUUGCCAGCACCGCUUCAUACUCAAGACGCAGCAAUUCCAGAAGAACGACAAGGACACCAAAUCAACUGGCACCUGAUUCCCUCUUCACCACUACUCUUUGGAGAACUACGGAAAGGUGCCGUUAAAUCAAUAAAGGGUCACUUGGAACGAGUCAUAGGAGACAUUAGGUUAACUUAUAAAGAACUGUACACCGUGUUAACGGAAAUCGAAGCUUGUUUGAAUUCCCGUCCUUUGUCUCCUAUAUCAGAAGAUCCUAAUGACCUUAUCCCCUUAACCCCAGGUCACUUUCUUGUCGGGCAACCACUAACUAGUUUUGCAGAGCCGAACCUCGAGGACAUCAAAUCACCUAGACUGAACCGAUUGAACCCAGGAACCGUGGUUGUGAUUCAGGACGACAACUUGCCGCUUAUGCGAUGGCGUAUGGGACGUAUCCUACAGCUUCACCAAGGCAAGGACAACGUAACGAGGGUCAUAACCGUCAGGAUUUCAGAAGGAAUCAUUAAACGGCCGGUUAAAAAGAUAUGCAUUUUACCGAUCGAAGAAGAAAACGAUGAGCAGAUCCCUUAUCAGCAACAACGGACAGUGACAGAACCACCAAGACUGGGCAUGACCACGGGGAAAAACUUGGCCUAA